AAGAAACACAUCUGCCCUCGGUGCAACCAAGAGGUCAAUUCUCAAGAAAAGAGCGAACACGACGACAGGCAUUUCGCAGAGGAUCUGGACAACGAAACCAAUGGCGCGCAAGCAACCCCGACCUCCGUGUCACCUACAAUGACGAACAGGAAACGCAGCAGCAUAUCACCGACGAAAGUCGAUAAUCAUCGCCAAACGACAAUGUCCUCUAGUCGUGCGACAACAGAUAGCCGCCAUGUGGCUCAUGUCAAUGCCGUCGACAGAGCGGCGCACUUGCGAGCUCAGAGCGAGCGGGAAAUGCAAAAUGCCCUGCAAACUAUUCAGAUGCAAUACCGUAUCUACAACACAGAGAUAGAACCGGAGCACGACAGUGACUAUCCCUGCAGCUGUUCCAUUCAUCAAUACCAACGCAUGAAGCGUAGUCGUCGGCCUGUAUUAACUCAAUGGUCAGAAGCAGUCAUGUAUCCUGGCGAGAAGAUGUACCACGACUUGGCACCCCAAACCACCAUCUUCAGCGGUAAUCCUUACCAGCUUCGUGUCACUUCACCAUACGGCUAUGGCGGUACUGCAUGGACCAGAUCACAUCCUCGCCCUGGCUAUCAUGUCAAGUUCAUUCACCAAACCAUCCAGCUGAACAAUCAAUUGAAUCAUGAAGCUCAGGCAAAGGUUGAUGCGAUGGAGCCAAGGCACAGUAUCUGGGAUGACAAGACACUAGAAAGCGUAAUGUCCAACUUGUCGGUCGCUCCGGAAAAGGGCGAGCCCCCAAAGUACGAGGCCGAUGCCAAAACUUGCCCAGCAGAGAAAUCAGCACCAACUCAGUCAACAUCACGACCCAAUGGCCCACCCGAACGUAGCAGUACUUCCCGAUUCUCCGCCUUCAGAAAAGCCGUUGGCAUCAAGUCGUCAGACGAGAGAGCGACGGCCAAAUCGGAAAAGGCCAUCAACCUAGGCAUCGGACUCCGACACAGCAUCCUGGCAGAAGAAGCAGGUCGCUGGCCAGACGAAGAAACCAGACAAAUUGUGGCGCUCUACCAGGACAAAGUCGGCAUGGAACGUAAGAUCGCUCAUCUUCGUGCCCAUCAGCCUUUGCAGUAUCUCCAUCUGCUGCGAGCAGGAUACUUUGAGCCCAUACCAUUUGCGUGGGCUGAUCAAGCUAGCAGUAUGCUCACGUUCAACAUCGAGGCUGCUGGUGGCUGGCGAGGCAUAACACCUCAAUGGCGAGGCUACGAAGACACCGCGGAAGAACGAUUGUACUGGGUCUUGAACCACCGGGAAGGGUCCGCUGGUGUUGUACGGAUGAAACCAGACUUCAUCUCCGAGAUGAACAUGGCUCGCGAUCGCAUGGCGAAGGCUGUAGAACCGCCGCCUGACUACUAUUCCGCAGACGAUACUUGUCAUCUCCAGCAUACUUCCAAGGGAUACUCGAAGCAGGUCAUGCCGACGCCGUUUAGAUCAAGCGAUAGGCCGGAAGUGCCAACUGACGACACCAUGAUACUGCUCGAUAUUUCCGGAUCCAUGGACUUUGAUCCAGUCCGCCCACCCAAGAACAAAGAUGUCGCAAAAGCCAUCAUUCGCCGCUUCAUCGACGCAAUGGCGAAUCACGAUCACGAGUUCAACGGCUACGAUCUUGUGACCUUCUCCAGCCACGCCAAAUUCGUUGGCACGAUCACUCACACCAGCCUCGACAAAACCUGGAACAGGAUCUCCAUUGGCGGCGGCACCCGUGUCAUGACGGGCUGGCAGAAAGUCAAGCAGCGCCAUUUCGAGAAGCACUCCGAGUCGGCAACCUACCACCCUGUGUAUGGAUGGCAAGCAGGUCUGCAAACACCCAUGUUGCGUCUGCUACUUCUUCUCGACGGCGAAGCAACUGAUAUGGAUGAAUUCGAACUUGAGCUUCUGGGAUUGUCGUGGGCGCAUGUGACGAUCUUUUUGAUUGGCGUAGAUGGAUGUCCGCAUCAUCAUCGGCAUGCGAACGAGUUGCAGCGCAUAAGUGAUGUGAAUCACCACGUGUCAUUUGUCGAUGCGCAAGGCAACACUCCCGAGAGAUUCGUCACGCAUGAGCUACUCAAGAGGCAUUUAGGCUAUGAUGUCUCGAUGCAGGAGUUCCGGGAGUUGGAAGAGCUGCCUCCGUACGUGGAG